CGUGGUAGGUAUACUUUUUUCACUGGGUGUACUUUGCAUUUUAUGUGCCCUGGUAUGCACAAGUGAGUACUUCAUAGAAUUGUUUACGAUUUGUCAACAGAAAAGCUUAGCGUUAUUAUGCCAGCUGUUUAGUGUCCCUUAAGCAACAGACCCAUCUACGUACUGUAUAUCUCUUUUCGCACGCAGAUUUGCACAGCCACAGUUUUCCUUAAAAUGUCCGCAACGCGACGAUUUCACAAAGUGCUCGUGUCUCAUCCAGGUGUGCCCAAGGCGGCGCUGGACCUCCUUCAGCAGCGCGGUUGUGAGACGAUAGUUUGCGAGAGUGUUCCGCCAUCGCGCGCAGAAAUAUUACACAAAGUGCCUGGAGUGGAUGCCAUUUUUUGGGCGCACUACCAACCGCUCAAUGGCGAAAUACUCGAUGCUGCCGGUCAGCAGUUGAAGGCGGUCUCCACCAUGUCCUCGGGCAUUGACUAUGUCGACUUGCCAGAGUUCAAGCGUCGCCAAAUGCCGUUGGGGCACACGCCAGGCAUUGUCAAGAAUUCAGUUGCCGAUUUAGCGGUGGGUUUGAUGGUGGCCGCAGGGCGACAUUUCCACGCUGGACGUCAGGAGAUUGAGAAUUCUCUUUGGCGCACGGAGCGUAUCGACUGGAUGAUGGGACAAGAGGUGCGCGGUUCUGUGGUAGGCUUUCUUGGCUUUGGUGGUAUUGGUCAGGCUAUAGCGAAGCGCUUGCAAGGUUGGGAGGCAGCGAAAAUCAUAUACCAUACACGCACGCCGCGCGAAAAUCCAUUUGGCGCAAUUCACGUUCCCUUCGAGCAGCUACUGCGGGAAAGCGAUUUCUUGGUGGUCGCUUGUCCGUUAACGGCCGAGACGCGCGGCAAAUUUAAUGCGGGGGCAUUCAAACAAAUGAAGACGAACUGUGUGUUUGUAAAUGUGGGCAGGGGAGGCAUUGUGGAUCAACCUGCGCUCGUCAAUGCUUUGAAAACUGGUGAAAUUGCCGCUGCGGGCUUGGAUGUAAUGACACCUGAACCACUUCCGGCAGAUGACCCUCUUCUGAAAUUACCAAAUUGUGUUGUAAUACCCCAUUUGGGCACGCAGACGAUGCAAACGACAAUUGAAAUGGGCUUAACAGCUGCUAAUAAUAUACUCAACGCACUGGAUGGUAAACCGAUGAUUUGUCCAGCGUAUUAAGUGCCAUUUGAUGUUAACAAAAAUAUUUUGCAUUUGUUGUUAUUAUAGAAAAUACGAAGUAAUAUAUGACAUUAAAAAACUUGGUUACUUUAUUCG